AUGGAAGGAAAAGCAGACCUCCCCCCACCCCCCAGCAAGAAGGCAUUCUGCCGGCGGCGGACACCUUUGGACUUCAUCUGCGAGAUCAGUUCUUCCUCGUUCUUCCUGCUUUUCGACUUGAGCUGCAUCUCUUUCCGGAGGCCCCAGCCUGCCCACCGCCCCUAUCGGACUCAGCUCAGCAAGCCUCUGCAGGCACCCCGGCCUCAGCCCUGGGGGCUCUGUCUGCUGCCGAUCCUGCUGCUGCUCCCGCCGCAGACGCUGCGCGCAGACAGCUACCGCUCCCUCCUGUACCACUUAACCUGCGUGUCGUCCCCGGCCCCGGGGACCCCCGCCUUCUGGGUGUCAGGCUGGCUGGGUCCACAGCAGUACCUGAGCUACAAUAACCUGCGGGCGCAGGCCGAGCCGUGCGGGGCUUGGGUCUGGGAGAACCAGGUGUCCUGGUAUUGGGAGAAAGAGACCACAGACCUGAGGCAGAAGCAGAAGCUCUUUCUCGAAGCUUUCACAGUCUUAGAGAAAAGCGGUUCCUACACCCUACAGGGCCUGCUGGGCUGUGAGUUGGGCCCUGACAACGUCUCGGUGCCGGUGGCCAAGUUUGCCCUGAAUGGCGAGGACUUCAUGACCUUUGACCCCAAGGCGGGCACCUGGAGUGGAGACUGGCCUGAGGCCCAGACCAUCAGUGAGCAUUGGAAGCAUCAGGAGGAGGCGGUCAACAAGGAGAAGACCUUUCUGCUGUACUCCUGUCCCCAGCGCCUGCUGGGCCAUCUGGAGAGGGGCCGCGGCAACCUGGAGUGGAAGGAGCCACCGUCCAUGCGCCUGAAGGCGCGACCAGGCAGCCCGGGCUUUUCCGUGCUCACCUGCAGUGCCUUCUCCUUCUACCCCCCUGAGCUGCAACUGCGAUUCCUAAGGAAUGAGCUGGCGGUGGGCUCCGGUGAGAGCCACCUCGGCCCCAACAGCGACGGCUCCUUCCACGCCUGGUCGUCACUAACGGUCAAAAGUGGCGACGAACACCACUACCGCUGCCUGGUGCAGCACGUGGGGCUGCCACAACCCCUCACUGUGGAACUGGAAUCACCAGCCAGGUCCUCCAUGGCAGUGGUUGGAAUCGUCAUCGGCGUCUUAUUGUUCGUCGCACUGGUCAUAGGAGGAGUCCUGCUGUGGAGGAGGAUGCAGACCGGGAUGCCAGCCCCUUGGAUCUCUCUCCGUGCGGACGACGGAGGGGCCCUCCUACCCACGCCUGGCCUGCCCAAGGAUGCUGACUCUUAGGACAUAAAAGCAUCCCCAGCGGCUGCCAGAUCGUCUUCCAUCCUGGCUGCUACCAGCUAAUGUAGUCAGGUCCCUUUCAUGCUGUGAGACCUCCUGGAAUUUCUGAGCCUCCAGGAGUCCUGGGCCCCGUGUCCUCCCUCUGGGUUCGUCCUCCCUCUGGAUUCGUCCUCCCUCUGGAUUCGUCCUCCUGUGGUUGGCCUCGGUUCCCUUACUGAUAUAUAUGAAUCUUUUCCACCUCAAUAUAUAACACGAGUUUGGGCCGGAA